UUGACAGCAGUGCAUGGAUCUCGAUUGUUUUUAGAAUUUUUCCUUCUUCCAUUAUUCCGUAAUAUUGUUUUGAAUUAUUCCCUAAUGCUAUGACAAAUAUUGAGGCUCUAAGCCUCUAUCAAAAUGGUUUUAAACGCCGCUGUACAAAUGUUAAGGGAGGCAGAUGAGUUGAAACAGAAGAUAUUGAAAUUCAAGAGUGGAACUUCAAUGCUACAAGAGCGCAGUCUUUGGGCCACACAACAACAGUUGCAAAAGGUUUAUCAAAAGGUUCUUGUGCUAGACUUGGACUAUGCCUUGGACAAGAAAGUUGAGCAGGACCUAUGGAACAUCGGCUUUAAACAGCAAAUUGAGGCGCUGCAAGCCAUAUCCAAGGACAGAAAGAACCCUCUCCGCGGCGAGGGACAGGCGAUGCUCUCGUGGGUGCUUCAAGCGGCCGCCGGCUUCUACCUCUGUCUGCUGCAUCAGAUCUGCACCACAUUCAAACUAGACUUGCCUUUUAGACGUCGCGCGUCUCUGCUGGGCUGGGUGGAGGGCUGGAGCGCAAGCGCAGGCGCGGCGGCGGCGGGGGCGGCGCCCGGGGCUCCCGCGGCGGCGCGGUACAUCUGCCAGCACUGCCUCGUGCACCUCGGGGACCUGGCGCGGUAUCGCCAGCAGCUGAGGGUCGCGCAUACUUUCUACAGGCACGCGCUGGUGGUGUCGGCGCACUCGGGGCAGCCGUACAACCAGCUGGCGCUGGUGUCGUGGCGCCGCGGCCGGCGGCUGGGCGCGCUGUACUGGCACGUGCGCUCGCUGCUCGUGCGCGCGCCCUUCCCGCCCGCGCCCGCCAACCUGCAGCGCACGCUGCAAGCCGCCAGCGCCGGCCGCGAGGCGAAGGACCUGCCGGUGCUGCCGGGGGUGAGCCCGCAGCGCGCGGCGCCCGCGGCCGCGGCCUGCGCGCGGCUCGACGCGCACUCCUACGUCACCGAGCUCAUACGGGCCCUGCACCUCAUACACACCGUCGAACAACUGGAGACGGCAUCGAGUUUAGUGAAUUCCCUUAACUCUGCUCUGACGGCGCUCGUGGCCACUGACAGCUUCGAGUCCAUGACGCUCAUCAAGAUGGCGGUAGUGAUAAUGUGGCUGGUGCAGUCAUCAACCGAAGGUCUCCCGGCGGAGUCGGCGGCGCUGACCGAGGGCGAGGCUACGGCGGCCGCGCUAGCCGAGUCCCUGGCGUGCGGCGCCGUGCUGGCGUUGCUACUGCCCGCCUACACGCUGCCGGCGCCGCCGUCCCGGGCGCUGCCCGCCUUGAAGGUGUGGCUGCAGUGGGUGACGGCGCGGGGCGAGGUGGCCGGCGGGGCCGCGUGGCGCGCGCGGCCGCAGCUGUGGCCGGCGCUGGCGCACGCGCUCAACCACCUCGCCGACGAGGCCGCCAGGGUCACGGACAAGUACGACUCAGUCCCUCUACCGGAAGACGAAGAGCUUCACGGCUUCCUGCCGCUGGAGCCGGCGCUGUCUGUGCUGAGGUUCCCCAACCACGCCGCCUGGGACACACGACACUCGGACAAGGACGAUACAGAGUGUAUAGAGGUGUCCCCCACGUGCCUCAGCAACGAGCCGGAGCUGGAGGCCCGCGUGCGGGCGCGCCGCCUGCACCAGCUGGGGCUCCAGCUGGCUGACAUGUGCCCCGACCACCUCUCCUACACUCAAGAAGACAACAAGACCACCUUCACAGCGACAUCUAUCGGCGGGGAGCAGCUGUCCCUGGCGCUAGCGGAGCUGCAGGCGGCGGGGGCGGGCGCGGGAGCGGAGGCCGAGGGGGCGGAGGCGCGCAGCCCGCCGCGGGACACGGAGGGUGACAGCGACGAUGACGCCGCGCACCCGCCGCCGCCCAUCGUCAUCUCAGAGGCUGACUUCCGGGAGAAAGUUCGCGAGAAACGCGUCGGUAUCCUGAAACCGCAAGGAUCUUUGGAGCGGGCGCGAGAAGAACGGGCCUUAGCCAACACUCAGGAUGAUGAUGGAGACACCAGCGAGGAGUUGAAGGGCGAAGACAAGAAAGAGGCCCGUAAGCCGCGCGUCAACAUCGCCAUGGCUGCCAUCAUGAGGAAACAAGAGGAGACUAAUAAACAAGUGAAGUUCGUGACGCCACCACCAACACCGGACUCGACUUCAGAAACCGCUGACAAAGACACGGACAAGCCAAAAAUGAUCCAACCCAAAGCUAUCAAAUCCCUCGCCAACUUGCCUAUAGGUAGGAAGACAGGCGGCAUUCUUUCACUUAAAGACAAGUCCGCUGGAUACCCGCAUCUAGUCAACACGGAUCCCGAACCGCCCAAGAAAGAGGAGGAAAAGAAGAAAGAUGUCAAACCCAGUCAAGGGUCCAGUCAGAACUCGCAGCAGACGUACCCGAAGCGACCAGACCAACCGUCGCCCAACUGGGGCGCCAAUGUUGCGCAAGGCUACGUCGAAGGCCCGAGGAUGAACUUCCCCAAGAGCUACGGCAUACAAAGCCCCAGCUUGACGUACAAUCCCGGCAUAAACUACCCGCAAGCGACGACCAUCAACAACCAGGGAAUCAGGCUCCCCGUCGUCAACCCUAAAGAAAUCGACGUCAGAACUGCCGCCUUACAGAAGCAAAACUCGCGACAAGAGUUGUUCCAAGACGGACAUAAGUUCGGGAACCACAAGUACCAGGUUUCGGGCGACAAGAAGAAUUUCCUCAACGACCUGCCGCCGCGGUUCGCGAACCAGUACCGGUACUGGCAGACCGCUCAGGACAACCAGUUCAAUGACAACAAGUUCAGAGAUGAAAACUUCCAAAGUAACAACUCUUUGUUCAACGCGCAGCAGCGGCCCAGCUGGAUGACUAGCACGCCAGUGCCCGAGACGUACCAGCAGCCGAACCCCUGGUGGACGCCCGAGAAGCCGCCGCCGAACUUCAACGCGGGCUUCUCCGCCCCGAUGAACAUCCAGCCCAACUUCUACUCGCCGCACCUGGCCACGAACAUGGCGACUCCCUACCCAAACAUGUCAUCUUUCAAUCAGAUGCCAAACCCUAACAUAGGACAGGAUAAGGCACAGAGUCUGAUCACUCCGCCGAACUACAUGCAGACGGCGAUCGGGCAGCCGCAGAUGCAGACGCUGCAGAAUUUGGUGUCGUCUCCGAAUUUUAAUUCUUCAUUAAACAAUUUUGGGUCUUAUGCGCCUGCAGUUGGAUAUGACUCAUCGAUGUACCCUCAGUUUAAUAACAAGUUGGGGUACCAGCCGUUGCAGAUGAAGAUGAUGGACAAGCCGCAGAGCUACCAGAGCAAGGAGCUGAUGGACAUGGGCGGGCUGGGCUUCGGCAACAACGUGCUCGACAUGCAGCAGCGCAACUUGAACAUGACCUUCAACGACCCCAUGAGUGGUGCCAGCGAAAUGGGAGGUGCUAAGAAUUUGGAUCACAUGGGGCAGGGCGGUGUGGACCCCCCGAGCGGCUCUUCCGGUAACACGUACUCGUUGUUCAGCGGCGCGCCCGACGCAGGCGCGUGGGGCGCUGCGCAGAGGCACCCGCAACAGCAGUCGCAGUCGCUGUGGUCGGGGCCGGGCCCGUCCCCGCUGGAGCGCCUGCUGGAGCAGCAGAAGCAGAUGAAGCCGGCGCCCCCGCCGCACUGACCGGGCGCCGCCCCCGCCGCGACCAGCUCGACCAAAUCCGCGAGCUAAUCGACAAUUACCUCGAACUCAAAGCCUACCAUUACCUUAUCAACUAAUGAAGAGUUUGAAUCGCUCUGCUCAGGACACCAGCUCGACAAAUCCGACGACUAAUCGACUAUUACUGUCAACUGCUGCUUUACAUGAACUAGUAAGACAAGUUCUUAGUUAUUCACGUUGACAAUCUAAAGUGGGUCCAAAGACUUCAUGGUACGCCUCCAGAUUUAUAGUCCUCGAUACUAGUACAUAACACAAUCUCAGGUUACAGACGUUAGAUGCAUUUUGUACUUGUCGGCGAUAUCUUCGCAGUUUCAAGCGAAACUGGCUCGUGAUGUGGAUAUAUUGAAAAUUUUACGUUUAUUUGAGGCAGAGAACGGAUCUUUUGUUUUUGGCAUUGGACAAUGUUGCCAUAUCACUCUCAAAGACUCCUAACAAGUGCUUUAUAAAAUUGUAACUUGACCCCAAAAGAUUUGCAUAAGCGUAAACUCUAACUUGUAUUUAAGGCCGUGAAAAAAAUUCGUGUAUACCUGUUGUUAAAAAAUAAACUAAGUGCAAUAUAUGUGCUGCAUAUAUGUGUCUCCUAAACGUCAGCGGCAUUAUUACAAAUAUUCCAAAUCAAUGGGUUCCUAUGAACUGCAUUCGUGUAAUUUAAAAAUUGUGGGAUAUAGAAAUAACACGGGAUAUUUUAAAUGUCUUUACUCCUUAUAUUUUACAAAAAUCAUUGCACCAUCUUAUAUUAAAACAAAAUCCUCUCACCCGACCGACAUCGCACCAAAAACUCUCCUCUCUUACUUUUUAAAACUGCCUUACCCAUUCAUUAACCAUCCUCCUUUCACACCAUAAACAAUCAAAUUCCCAUUCAUUAUCCUGACAUAGCAUUCUCACUAUCCUACAGCUCGGUAUCACUUCAUUUGAAAAUGUAACGUUCGUAAAUGUGAAUUUUUAACUAAUGAAACUAAACAGUUUGUUUCACUAGUAAAUAUCGGUCUAUAUUAGUUAAAAUGUAUAUAUGAAAUGUACUUAGUGUUUUUAAAGCUUUAUACAGUGUUAGUGACAUCGUAACGAUAACUUUGAGGAUGAUUCAGACCAUGAUUCUUUUAUGGAUAAGCUUGCCUGUACUAUCUGUUUUCUUUGUAUGUUUCUUGUGUCUGUUUUAUUGUGUACAAAUAAAUAAAUAAAUGAUUCUGAUUAAUGUCAAGUGGAAAUUUCCGUCGCAAAACUCAUGUUUUUCUUGGUUUUUUAAAUUAUUUUAAACUCUAUAUUUAUGUGAUGGAAAAUUCCACUUAAUAUUAACUCAGAAUAAUGAGCUGAAUCAUCCCCUUAGUUUUCGUUAUGAUGUCACUUACACCCCGUACAGGUAGCAAUACAAGUACGUAUGUAUGGGUGUUAGUGAAACAAAUACUGAAGGGGUUGAUUCAGACCACGAUUCUGAGUUGAUAUCAAAUGGAAUUUUCCUCUGGGAAAAUUCAUGAUAUUGUGUUUUUUUAAAUAAUUGUACUUGAUAUCAACUCAGAAUCAUGGGCUCAAUCAUUCCUCAAACUUUUGCAAUGUCACUAACACCCUAUGUAGUAUAACUUUCAAAUACCAUCAAACUUAUUGCGUCAAGGCUGUGAUUUAGAUUGUCAGAGCGCUAACUGCUCCAAGCGGAUAAGACUGCAGUUUAUUGCUAAGAAAUGAAAGUACGGGACUUGCUCAAGUCAACUUUUCAUCAAUCAUAUCAUACCUGUAUUGUCCAAGAAGCAGAAUUUUGACAAAUGAUGAUGUAUCCGAAUUUAUGAAUUAAUUCUUGUGUGUGUAUCCGGUAUGCUAAAGGCAGAGCGGUACCACGGUUUAGGUCAAUGUGUGUGAAUGAAUGAGUGAAUGAUAUUUUUGAGAACGAAGUGUAUAGUGCGAUAUUUACUAGUAAAAUAAUAAAGCUUUAUUAUAAGCAUGUUUUUGUUGUUUAUUUUAAGUGAAAAUAAAUUGAAGUAACGAUUGUGAAACAAUAUUUUGUAAUAAAGCUAUUUUUGUUAAAUAA